CCGGCCCCGGCUCCCCCAUCCCGGCACGUCCCUCCCCGCCGCGCCAUGUCGCUUAGCCCCAAGCACACGACGCCCUUCUCGGUGACCGACAUCCUGAGCCCGAUGGAAGAGAGCUACAAGAAGUUCGGCAGCAUGGACGGGGCGGGCGGGCUGGGCGCGCCCCUAGGGCCUUAUCGCCAGCCGCCAGUGCCCCCGGCCGCAGCCGCAGCCGUCCCGCAGCACGUCGUGGCCGGUACCACCGGGGCAACCGCUUACCACAUGCCCCACGGCGUCUCCCAGUUCCCGCACGGUGCCGUCGGGGGCUACUGCAACGGCGGAUUGGCCAACAUGGGUGAGCUGCCCGCCUACCCUGAGGGGAUGCGCAGCGGAGCAGCGGCGGGAGGCGGCUGGUACGGAGCCGGCGGUGACCCUCGCUAUUCCAGCAUCUCCAGAUUCAUGGGCCCGUCAGCAGGGAUGAACGUGGCCGGGAUGGGCGGCCUGAGCGGCAUCGCCGAGGGUGCCAAGGCCAUCGUGCCGCUUCACACAGCCCCGAGGAGGAAGAGGAGGGUGCUCUUCUCCCAGGCGCAGGUCUACGAGCUGGAGCGCCGUUUCAAGCAGCAGAAAUACCUGUCGGCGCCGGAGCGGGAGCACCUGGCCAGCCUGAUCCACCUCACCCCCACCCAGGUGAAGAUAUGGUUCCAGAACCAUCGCUACAAGAUGAAACGCCAGGCCAAGGACAAGGCAGCCGCCCAGCAGCUGCACCCCGACGGCAGUAGCGGCCUCUGCCAGCAGCACUCUCCGCGCCGCGUAGCCGUACCCGUGCUAGUGAAGGACGGCAAACCCUGCCCGCCGCCGGGAGCAGGCACCCCGGCCCCAGGACAGCCCGCCCCGCCGCCCCCGGCCCCCUCCUCAGCCGCGUCGCUGCCCGCCGCCGCUCCCCCCGCCGCUGCCCACCCGCAUCCCGGCUCGCUGGGACAAGCAGCCGACCUGGAGGAGCUCUCGCCCAGCCCGCCGGCGCUGCACGGCCAGGUGCCCGCCCUGGCCCAAAUGGACUCGUCCGGCGUCGAUUACAACGGCGGCAUGGUCAGCCCCAACCUGCUCUACGGCAGGACAUGGUAAUAAUCCUUCUGUCUGUCCGUGUGUCCUCCCCACCCCUGCCCCGGCGUCACUCUCGCUCUCCAGGACUGGUCCCGACGCUUAACCCGGCCCGGUGAGGUGUCUGCGGGGAGCCCCGACAGCGGCCUGUGGGUCCGCGCCUCACCCCCACCCUCCUCCGGCCCUCUGGCCUCUCUUCGUGAUUUUGAUUUUUACUUUCCGGGCAUUUUUGAAGCUUGGACCCGAAGGCAGAGCCGCGGCGUGGGAGCGUGGCCACGUGUGGGCGUGAGGCUGUGCCGCCACUUUCGUGUGUGUGUGUGUAAGUGUGUGCAUGGACGUGUGCAUGUGUGCGUGUAUGCACACGCGUGUCCGUGGCUCCGUGUCCCGUCUACCUUCCUGAGGAGGCUCGCCCGGGAAAGGCAUGCCGAUGGGGCGUCUGGCCGGCCCAGCGGGGUGUGGGAAGACCCAGGAGGGUACAGUGGGGGUGCUGGGGGCGGGGAGCGACCCGCUCCGGCCUCAAGUCUCCUGCGGGCAGCCAAACCCAGAGGCAGGUCGGGUCCCAUACACCUUACAGUCCCGUUGAAGGCAAACAAUAAAUCUUCUGAAGUGCAACUUAUCUCAGCAGAAUUAAUUUUAUAAGGGUGCCCCUGAAGUGCAAUUUCAUUAUUGUUUGAUUGAAGGUAAAUUGAAUUGUAACUCAAGGUUGAGGAGGCGGCGAGCGGGGCGGGCGGCCGCUGCCUUUUGGAGGACGGGGAGCGGCCGGAGCAAGAAAAUAAACCGAAAUAAACCAAAUCCAAGGCUGGCAGCGGCGGAGGGAGUUUUGGCAGAGGAGCUCUCGGACGCCGAUACGCAAAUUCAAGGGGGAAAACUGGUUUUAUCGUUAUCGUUAAUUAUUGCUUAGUAAAUGAAUGUACGGGCACGAUGCGCGCCCUGCGCCCCCGCCGCAAACGCCGGCACUUGUCUGAACAUCCGAAGAGCAGCGGAGACGAUGGAGAUUCCCGGGAUUCCCGGGACUGGACAGCGGUUCCCUUCCGGGAAAGGAGGGGAUCGGGCCCCUCGUAGAGGAUGGAAGAACGGCGUCGGGAAGCGGCGGGACGGAUCAGGGCAGCGGGGUCUGUCCCCCCGCCUGUUAAAUCCCGGAGGGAAUUCCCGAGGAAACGCUUAUCGGAAGUUUUCGGCAUC